AUGAAGGAAGAGAAAAUAAGAGGCAGCAGAAACAUCCCGCAAGAGAUAGUUGAAGAGAUUCUGGUGAAGCUUCCGGUAAAGUCAUUGGUGAGAUUCAAAGCCGUAUCGAGAGCAUGGGGAGGAACAAUAGCAUCAAAAUAUUUCAUAGAGAAACACAACCGGUUUCAGAAGUCUCUAGGCCGAGGACAAGCUAGAAUCGUUGCUAUAUCAAGAGAAACAAGAUACAAUGGUCUCGCACUAGAUAAUGUUUUGUUUUCUGCCAAUGGAAUCGUACAUGGUUCUCCAUAUCCACCCAUUAGGUCUUUUAACCGGUUUGAUGGUUUUGAAAUCUCCGAGCCUUGCGACGGUUUGUUUUGUCUCUACACGAUCACUCGUAUAUUUACCCUUGUUAAUCCUGCUACCACUAGUCGCCGCAGACUCCCUGAUCCCACCUCUACAAUCGCUGACGGUGCGCAUAAGAGUUAUACUUUGCUAGGGAUUGGUAGAGAGGAUAGUGUGAGAGGGAAGUAUAAGCUUGUGUGGUUUUUCGACUAUGAUAACGAAUUGGUGAACAAGUCUUUGAGGUGCAAGGUUUUUGCUCUUGACUCUAAUACUUGGAGAUACGUAGACCCGCCUCAUUGUCGAGUUCACUAUGACCAUCCUCUAAUUCACUUGGAUGGAGUAAUCUAUUGCUUCAGCUACCACAAGGAACAUCGAUAUAGGGAUGAACAGGAUGUUAAGUUACUAGCUUUUGAUCUUCACACUCAGAAAUUUCAACGCUUACAAAUUACUCCGGAUAUCCUGUUUAGACGCUACUGUGACUUAAGCAUGCGUGUUCUUAACCAUCGCCUAUGCAUCUCCAAGGGUUUUGUUGAUGAUAACGUCGACCAUUUUUUCAAAAUAUGGGGUUUAGAAAUAAACAAGAGGUCAUGGGAGAUGAUGUAUUCCAUAGAUUUGUCUUGCUUUCCGCCAGAAUUCAAACAACGGAGAAUCAUCCCGAUGGCAACCAUUAACAAUUAUCUCAUCAUUUCAAACUAUCGCCGUAACAUUUGGCUGCUCUACAAUUCCAAAAGCAGUAUUUUACAUGGCACUGAUUCUUAUUCUGAUAAAGACGUUAUGUCUCAGUCUUACUGUGAGACGCUAGUCUCUGCUUACCAAUGA